CGGAGUUAAAGAAUGCGCUAAGAAUCAAAUGCCUAAAUUGUUGAUUUUAAUUUUAGAGAGAGCAGCCCUAAUAAAUUUUAAUUGCCGAAGCAACGUAUAUACCCGCAUCAAUUUUUCGUAAUUUCAGUUCACUUCGACCAUAAUCCUCGAACCCAUGGCCGCUGCAAAUCCAUUAGCUUGCAUUCUAUGGCUUCUCUUCUUAUCAUAUUCGUUCUUGCCCUCCGUUAGCUCCGCUGAUGAACUCUUUUUAGUUAUUAGCGAGUCCGCCUCGUUGCAGCUAUCACCAAGCUUGAUAGUGGAAAAGUCUCCAGGGUCAAAGCCAGGAACCAAUGUGAAAUGUGAUAGAGUUCAUAUCCAUGGCUUUCCAAGGCUUAAACAUUUGAGCAAGUAUGCCAAUUCGAUAAAGGUAAAAGUUUCAUAUGUAAAUCCAAGUGGCCGUCCACCGAGUGUUGAGAUCUGUUUCCACAGCAAUUUGUCCCUUGGGAUAGGGAUGUGCCCUCAAGGUCAGUGGGAGAGACUUACCGAGGGUUUAUGGGUCAGAUCAAUGUCACCGUUUGGUCACAAGCUUUUGGAUAUACGGAUGGGAGCUGCUUCUUCAGGAAGUCUCCAUGUGUUCCUUGAUGAAGAAUUUUACUUAUUCCGCGUAGUAUUUUUGGUCUUGGGGAUAACAAUGAUGACUCUUGCUUCCUGUCUCAGCAAGUCUCUAGUAUUUUACUACAGUGGUGCAAUGUCUGUAGGAGUUCUUCUUGUGAUAUUGGUGAUCCUUUUCCAGGGAAUGAAGCUUCUUCCAACUGGUCGGAAGAGUUCACUGGCAAUAUUUCUGUACUCAUGCUUUGUCGGCGUAGGAUUUUUCCUUCUUGACUAUGUACCAAAAUUGUUGCGUUCACUGCUUGCUGAGAUUGGAAUCUCUGAAGACUUUCAUAAUCCUCUGGCAAUAUUUCCGCUUGUGUUUCUUGUGAUUGCUGGAGCUUGGCUGGGUUAUUGGAUUAUUCGCAAACUUGUACUUACAGAGGAUGGAUCUAUUGAUAUUGGUGUAUCUCAUUUUGUUGCUUGGUCAAUUCGGAUUGUUGCUUCAGUGAUGAUCCUUCAGAGUUCUGAGGAUCAUUUAUUUGCAGUGGAGGCUUUGGUGGCUGGAAUUUUUGUUUCUUCAGCGUUGAAGAAAUUGAGCAAUCCAAAGGUCAUUCGUCGUGUUUACAAAAGAUUGUGUAGAUUAGAGAGAGAAUUCGAAAAAUCUCUGGAUCCCUAUGCGUCACAAAUUGAUGAGUCCUAUGUUUCCAGACCUUUCACCAGGUCUCCACGUACUCCUCUUCAAGGUUCAAUCAGCAAAUCAUCUGGUAGGUUGUCAGAUUCGGGGAAUUUCUUUUCUAGCUUCCACAGCACACCCGAGAGGAGAAAAUUUUCAAAAGAUGAAUGGGAGAAAUUUACUAGGGCUACCACACGCAAGGCACUGGAAGGUCUGGUUUCUUCACCAGAUUUUAACAAAUGGGCUGUAGCUAAUGCUGAUAGAAUAACAUUAACUCCCAAGAAAGAAGCUCAGGAUCAUCAACGGAGAUGGUUCCGUUGGCUUUGAAGAUUCAUCUGAUUCACGUGGGUGAACAUCUCAUUUCACCAGCCAGAUUGUUGUACGACUACACAAGUAUAUAUAAUUGGUUUGGUACAUAUUGUCCCAGUUAACCAGCAUUUUUUAUAUGUUGACACCUAUGCAACAUUUGACUAGACUAAGCUAUUGACUUUAGGUAGAACAUGGUUCAGUGAGAAGCUCCAUGUUUCUUCUACAUAAUUCAAUUGAAAUCGAACCGAACUGGUAUCCGUUUCCGUAGAAUCUACUGUAGUAGUAGGGCCUUAUGAGUUUUUGGAUUUUUCUCACUUUCAAAGGACUUAUAUUUGUCCAGGUAUCUGGCUUGUU